CGCCUCUCGUGACUGUCCUCUGGUCCCUCUGGACCUCAGUCCCCAUAGGAAUCAUCCCAGGUGGAAUACACAGCGUCACCCUUAGAACAGCAGCAUAGAAGCCAAGAAGUAUGUCCCAUCUAAAAAGUGGGCAUUGAAUCUGAAAUUGUUCUUUUCUAUGGCCUCUUCUGUUCCCUGGAGAAGUGACUGGUCCAUUUUUCCUCAGCAUAGCAACAUCAGUUCCUUACUGAAGCCACAUUUCAAGUCCUUUCACAUAUGACCACCCUUCAGCCAGCCCUGGUAGGCAUUUAAGGGCAGGACCAACUUUCACGGCCUUUUUCUGGAAAGUCUUAGGCCCCGCAGAGGUUGGAAGUGACUUGCAUAAGGUCACACAGUGUUUCAGUAAGAAGACUGAGCCCAGCCCUCCCUCGUUAGCUAGUCACUGGACCAGUGGCUUUUAAACCUCUCUUUAAUUUAUAACUUUUUUUUCCCCAAUCAAAAUCCCAGCUGAAAUUCCAAAAUAUGGAAGAGAUAAAGGCAGAACUUCUCUGCUUCAGAGUACCCUCUUCCACCUCCCCGCUUGUCAGCCACUAAGGACACCGCCGCAGAACCUGGGGUCGCUGGGACUGCAGGAGGCCGAGUGGCCGAGUCCCCCCGGGUGAUGGGCAGGCAGGGCCUCGGCUGUGGGCAUGGCCCGCGGAGGGCAUGGCUCAGGACUGCCCCUCUUGCAUCUCUAGGAGACGAGCCCUUCCAGGCCGGUAUCCUCCAGCAAUGGCGGCUGACCCUGUAUGGCUCUGUGUGGACUCCGGUAGACAUCAGGGACAGACAAAGGCUUCUAGAGAGCGCCAUGAGUGGGAAGUACCUGGAUGAGGGCUUCACCUUGCCCUGCCCUCCGGGGCUGAAAAUUCCGGAGGAAGAUGGCUACACCAUCACCCCUAACACCCUCAAGACCCUGGUGCUUGUCGGCUGUUUUACCGUCUUCUGGACCAUUUACUACAUGCUGGAAGUAUACUUGGGCCAGAGGAAUGGGGCCUCUCACCCGGUUUGUAGGACUGGACCCUGCCACUGGCCCCAGCGAAGCCAAAAAGCCGGGGCGGAGGAGACAGAAGUGGAGUCAGUGCCGCUUUGUGACCGCAAGGAUCCGGCCGGGGCGGAGGCGGAGGGUGAGGGCGCUCCCCGCCGCGCCGUGCGGGGGCCGGGGGCGUGGGGCCUGUCCCAGAGCAGGAGUGCCCCGGACGGCCCUCACCAGCCCCUGCGCCCAGACCUGCUGCGCGGGAGGGAGGAGCGGAUCUGCUGACCCGGGGCCUGGCAGGUCGGCGUGGACAGCCUCUUCCUUCCCGAGUCCGGGAGCUCGGGGGAAGGCGGCCCUGACCCUCGGUCUGGAGCCCAGAGGCCUUCAGCGCGCCCGCUGGCUGUGCUCAGGGAGGGCAGGCGCCUUCUCACGGGGAGUCCAGCGGUGGCGGGCGGGGCCAGAGACCGAUGCGGCAGCAGCCCCAGCCCUCCAGCUGAACGGGAGCUUCUGGUGAGAAGGUCUUGGACCAGGCGCCGGCCCCUCCCCACUGGACAAGUCUCCGUCCUCAUUUCUCCUGGACAGGCCAGUGGUGUGGGUCACGGACCCUCACCCAUGCCUGGCUGAGGGCGCCGGCCGCGGCCAGAAGAGCAUCUCCGCGGAAGCAUCACUGGGGUCACUUGGGAAGAGGGCUUGGGGUGAAGGCUGGGAGAACCCCCAGAUAGGCCUGUCCUCUUAAUGACUCAGGACCCAGAAAAAGCAGACUUUUCCUCUCUUUCUCCCACUUUCCUGUCUAAGACUCGGGCCUCGGAUGUACUGGUAUGGCGAUCGGCUGUCCGCCUGGCACGCCUGCCCUGAGGGCAGCUGCCCCCAUCAUCCCUGAGCAGGAGCCGACCCUGAACACCCCCCCUGGUGCCCUCACAGCCACCCCCAGCCCCCUCCCGAAAGAGCGGUACGCUGCUCCUGGCAAAGCCGGGACGGGCCUCACUAAGGGAGUGUGCCGGGGGUCUGUGGCAGGGGUCAGCGGCCACCAUGCCAGGCCUACGGCCACCCCGGCUUCCUCCCCAAAGUGCUCAGGGAAACGGCCUUACCCGCUGAGGCCAGCCGUCUGCCUGACAGGCUGGAACUCCCCCCCAUUCUUGGCCUCCUCCCUUCUGAGUGAGUUUGGUUGAUUUGAACUUUUUUUAAGGCUUAAGAUUUGUUUUUCUCUUUUCAGAGCAACAUUUUGUUGAAUUCUUUUCCGCACAGCUUUUCCUAAAUAAAAACCUUCCACACAGUU